AUUGCCAGUUUAAAUGUAAAUGGGAGGACGUUCUGGUUUCCGCAUGCUCGCAGAGGUCUUGAGCAGUUAUGUGCUUGCAGCAUCAAAGCAGAACUCGUGCGUGCUGACAGAGGAAGGCAGCGGCGGAUGGGGUCUGAGUCUGACUGACACAUAUCUGAUCAGUAGGUUGCUGUCGCACGGAGGUUUCCGGAGCUGUCCCUGAACGGUCUGUCAUUCCGUCGCGCAAUGAAGGAUCAAAACUACUCCGAAGAAGUUUCAAAAAUACUGGAGGAGGCCCCCUCCGCUCGCAAAGCACUUUUAGACAACUACAACAAUUUACACAAAGUAGCGGAGUACUGCGAGAGCAACUACCAGAAGUCUGGAAAUGACACCACAAAAGCCCUGGAGGAGACCAAGGCCUUCACCACUCAGUCGUUGGCUAGUGUGGCCUAUCAGAUCAGCUCUAUGGCCACCAAUGUGCUCAAGCUUCUGGAUGCACAGACCCUGCAGCUCCGCAAGAUAGAGUCCUCCAUCAACCAGAUCGGACAGACAGUGGACAUGCACAGGGAGAAGGUGGCCCGCAGAGAGAUCGGCGCUUUCACAGUUGCCAAGAGGGUUCCACGCAGUCAUAAGAUUGUCCCCCCAGCAAAAAAUAAAGAAGCCAAGAUCAAGUACUCCCGCACACCCAUCUCUUUCACUAGCCUGGACUCAGUCGGCCAUGGCAUGAAGGAUUCUGGCCAGCCACAGAUAAAAACAGCUACCAUGACACGGAGCAGCAGCACACUGAGUCGAAGCAGCCGUCCACCUGAGCCUGUCCAGUGUCCUGUGGCGCCCACUCUCUCUCAUGGAGCGUCCCUCACCUCACUCAAUGACAAGUCUAUCGCUUCGAGUUUUGGUAAAGCCGUGCCGCCUCCUGUAGUGCCCAGCUGGCCCGCCAGUCCUGAGGUUGACAUCAUCAACACGCUGCUGGGUGAAGGGCCUCCUCCACCACCCCCAAUGAUGGAGGCAGAGGGUGAACAGGAUCAUGGGCUGGAGACCGGUCCACCUCCACCACCUCCUCCCCUCGACUGUACCAACAUCCCCCCACCCCCUCCUAUGCUCACCUCAGUGAAUACACCUGAUCCCAGCAGCCUCAUGGCCAUACCUCCUCCUCCACCAGCUCCACCUCUUGAAACAGUGGCUGAGGAGAAUGGAUUUCCUCUACCAGAAGCUCCCAUUGACAUGCUUCCUCCACCAGCCCCUGAUGGCCUUGAUCUUCCAACCCCACUGCCUCUGCCGUGUGACGAGAACUUUGAAGCUCCGCGCUCUCGCCGCUCACGGGUGCGACGCCAUCCUCCUAGCUCUCGCUCGCUGUCUCUGAGGGUCCGCAUGGGCCCCAGCGCUCGCUCGCUGUACACACGCUCGCUUUUUCUGCCUUCUGCUCAAUCACUCAUGAUACCCCCACCCCCUCCAUACCCGCCUCCUCUGGCUCCGCCGGUUUCGUUCAGCCCAUUGUGCAGGAUCCCUGCCCGCCUGGAGCACCUGGACCUUGAGAUUCCAGCACCGCCACCACUAGACAGUUUUGACAACUUUGAAGAGCUGCCCCCUCUACCUCCUCCUAUUGAUUAUGACAUAACUGCACCAGCGGACUAUUUGGAUAAAGUGGUGGCACUAUAUAACUACGACACAGGCAAGCCAGGUGACCUGGUGUUUCAGGAGGGCGAUAUCAUCUACGUCCCAGCAGGAAUGAGAAUGGCUGGUGUGAAGGCUAUCUCAAUGGAGUAAAGGGGUAUUUUCCUGGCAACUAUGUGGAGUCCACAGCUUAACUGGCCAUAAGAAGCCAGAACGUCAGUGAAUAAACCAAA